GUAACGGGACCGCGGCACGCGGCCAGCAACCAGCGCACACCUGUGACACCGGCGGCUGCACCGCAUCGACAGUUCUAAUCGAGCCUUUACUGACGAAGUGACAGAACGCCUCUUCGUAGACUUGCUUGCACCGUGUUUACAUCUCAUUUUCGAUACGCCAAUUGGCGACUCAUCCUGGGCGAUAGAGUUGCUGCUUGAACCAUCCCACUCGACGAUUCGAUAGCUUAGCCUCCGCUGCAGUCCAAUGCCGUAAUGCUGACUUAAGCGUUAACGACGGAUGGCAAAAGUUCAUUUGUUAGCGGUACAUCUGCGUUGGAGCGAUAACACAGGGAAUGCCACGUUCAUUUACAUCUGAAUCGCAGACUGACUCUUAGCUGAAGGAGUAGAGCUCGAUCCAGCCAAGAUGGCAUACCGUGGCCUGUCUCAGCAUGUGAACUUCGAGCAGCUGAACGACCCAGGGGAUCGUUUCACACUACAGGAGCUCAUUGGCGAGGGCACCUACGGCGUUGUCUACAGUGCGAGAGAUACCACCACUGGCCAUCGAGUAGCAGUAAAAAUUUUGGAGAAUGUGCCAGAUAACAUUGAGGAGAUUGAGGAGGAGUAUCUUAUUCUGAAAGACCUGAGCUUGCAUCCUAAUAUACCAUCCUUUAAUGGACUUUUUCUGAAAAGGGGCUCUACCCCAGAAGAAGAUCAGCUAUGGUUUGUUAUGGAGUUAUGCACUGGUGGAUCUGUAACAGACUUGGUUCAGGGCUUGAAACAUCGGGGUGAGAGACUUUCUGAAGAACAGAUUGCUUAUAUUCUGCAUGAGACUGUUCAGGCUUUGAUAUAUCUACACAGCAAUCACUGCAUGCAUCGUGAUGUUAAAGGACACAAUAUAUUGUUGACAGAAGAAGCUCAUGUGAAGCUAGUAGAUUUUGGUGUAUCAUCACAUCUAGCAGCAACUCUUGCUCGACGAAAUACGUCUGUCGGAACACCAUACUGGAUGGCACCAGAAGUGAUAGCUUGUGAGCAACAGCUGGACUCCUCAUAUGAUGCACGAUGUGAUGUCUGGUCUGUUGGAAUCACUGCAAUUGAACUAGCAGAAGGUGACCCACCACUCUCUGAUUUACAUCCAAUGAGAGCUCUUUUCCAAAUUCCUCGCAUCCCACCUCCCUCUCUUGCCCGUCCUGAUGAGUAUAGUCAGCAGUUUUCUGACUUUAUUAGUGAAUGUUUAGUCAAAGAUCUAGAACAACGGCCAUUUGCUAGAGAGCUGUUGGAACAUCCUCUUAUGAAGAAAGGAGCAUUGGUUGCUGAAAAAGUUCGCAGGGAAUUAAGAGUUGAGAUUCAAAGGCAAAGAAAGGAAGGUCGCACACAUAGACAACCUGAAGUGACUACAAAGCAUGGAAAACUGAAAUCUGAUCGCAAAUCAAAGCCUCAGAAAAUGUAUAUGGAUGAUCUUGCUGCUCUUGAUAUUCUCACUGAGGAUGGCAUUGUAGAGCAGUUACAGAGAAGAUAUGAACAAUUUCAAAUAUACACUUACAUAGGUGAUAUUUUAGUUGCUGUUAAUCCAUUUAAGGACCUAGGACUUUAUUCUGACCAGGAGCAGAGAAGAUACAAAGGACAAGCUCGGUCAGACAACCCACCACACAUUUUUGCUGUUGCUGAUGCAGCGUAUCAAGCAUUGAUGCACCAACGCCAGAAUCAGGCAAUUGUAAUAAGUGGCGAAAGUGGUGCAGGGAAAACAGAAAGUGCUAACUUGCUUCUCAAGCAAUUAGUGUAUUUAGGAAAAGCUCCUAAUCGGAAUUUGGAAGAGCGUAUUCUUCAAGUGAAUCCCAUAAUGGAGGCAUUUGGAAAUGCUCAGACAGGGAUCAAUGCAAAUUCCUCCAGAUUUGGGAAGUACCUGGAUUUGACAAUGACGAAAUCUGGCAAGGUUACAGGAGCGAGAAUAGCAGUUUAUUUACUGGAGCAGUCACGUGUUUGCCAGCAUGCACAGGGAGAACGUAACUUCCAUAUAUUUUACUACAUGUAUGAUGGUCUAGAACAUGAAGGUCGACUCUCGGAGUUUCAUUUGGAUCCAGUUCUAAGGAUACAUCAUAAAUACCUUGGAGGUGACCUGCAAGAUCCAGAAACUAAGAAGACUAAUGUAAGCAGAUUCCAUCAAGUGAAGGAAGGAUUUAGGCUUCUUGGUUUUCGUGAAGAAGAAGUUGACACUAUUUAUAGGAUUAUAGCUGCAGUUCUCCAUUUGGGUGAUGUGGAAUUCGGGGAAGUUAUUAGUCAGGACAACACUGACAAUAAAAGCAGGGUGAUAGACCUGGCACCGCUGCAUAGAGUUUCUCGUCUCCUUGGCUUAGAACCAAGUGAUCUGCUUGAAUCUCUGACAUCAAACAGUGUUGUAACACGUGGGGAAACAAUAACCCGCAACAACACUGUUAAGGAGGCUUAUGCUGCAAGAGAUGCAAUGGCAAAGGGAUUGUAUGGCCGCCUGUUUGACUGGAUGGUCAAUCAAAUAAAUUGUUUAUUGAUGUUCAACAGAGCAAACUGUGGUGAACCCUUAGCAGUUGGUCUGUUGGAUAUAUUUGGUUUUGAAAACUUCCCAAAAAAUUCUUUUGAGCAACUAUGUAUAAAUAUAGCCAAUGAGCAGAUACAGUAUUACUUCAAUCAGCAUAUUUUUACUUGGGAGCAGCAGGAAUAUAUGGCAGAAGGGAUUCCUGUGGAUCUUGUUGAAUUUUCAGACAAUCGGCCAGUUUUAGACAUGUUAUUGUCUCGUCCAAUGGGCCUGUUGGCUCUGUUAGAUGAAGAGAGUAGAUUUCCUCGUUCAACAGAUAAAUCAUUAAUUGAUAAAUUCCAUUCGAAUAUUAAGAGUAAACAUUACAUUCGGCCUAAAUCAAAUGCUCUGUGCUUUGCUGUUCAGCACUAUGCUGGACGAGUCAUAUACCAGGCUGAAGGAUUUCUUGACAAAAACAGAAAUUUCUUACCUCCUGAAGUGAUUCAGCUUUUAAGACAAUCACAUAGAGAUAUGGUUCGCUUCCUGUUUCAAUGUCCAAUCACAAAGACAGGUAACCUGUACUCAAUCAGCCAAGAAUCUCCACGAGAAACUCCAGUACCUGGUUCCAAGGAAAGAUACAGCAGCAGAGGACUAGCUUCCCAGUCGAGAGCUCAGCAGACUGUUGCAACAUACUUCAGGUACUCCUUAAUGGAUUUGCUGCAGAAGAUGGUUAGCGGAUCACCACAAUUCGUCCGCUGCAUCAAACCAAAUGAUGCCAGAGUUCCACAGCUUUUUGAUUCCACAAAAGUUAUAAAGCAGCUGAGAUAUACUGGUGUGUUGGAAACUAUUCGCAUUAGGCAGAAUGGAUUUUCCCACAGAAUCCCAUUUGCUGAAUUUUUGAGAAGAUAUUGUUUCCUUGCAUUUGGAUUUGAUGAACGUGUUGUUGCAUCUCGAGAAAAUUGUCGUCUCCUGUUGGUUCGUUUGAAAAUGGAUGGAUGGGCUCUUGGAAAAACAAAAGUUUUCCUGAAGUACUAUCAUGUGGAAUACCUUUCAAAGCUUUAUGAGGACCAAGUACGCAAAAUUGUACUUGUUCAAGCUUGUGUUCGGAGGUGGCUUGCAAAGGUAAAGUACCAACGAGAGAAAUGGCAGUUGGCAGUGAGUGUAGUCACUCUUCAGCGGUUUGUAAGAGGCUGGAUUACAAGGCGCAGAUUUAUAGAGCAACAGAAGCAAGCUGAACAAAGGAGGCAACAAGAUGCUGCUGCAGCGGCUGCUCGAGUAAAGAAGGGCUCACCAACUGGAGGGUGGUUCAAGGCUAAACUACUUCGCCGUAUGUCAUCACAGCAAAUGAUAGGUGAUAAAGGAAAUGAAAGUCCCAAAAAGGAACUGGAUGAAGAAUCGGCUGCUGUAGUAAUUCAGAGUCAUUUCAGAGGCUACACAGUGAGACGACGGUGGGGUGCAGAAAUUGAGGCAAGAGUGAGAAAGGUUCUGGAAACACACAAUACAGCUCAGUCUGCUCAGGAUGCCUUAGAGAAGGAAGGCUUGACACCUGAUGAUGCAGCUCUGAUAAUUCAGAGGUACUAUCGCAGUUGGAGGAAAGGAGAGCCUCUACCUGUGCAGAAGGACAGACAAAGACAAAAGCAGCCACAGAAGAUUGCCAGACUUCCUGAUCGACAAGCUGAUCUUAUCACAUUUUCACAAAAUGUACAUAUGAUGAAUCAGGAAGCCCAUAAGUACCUUCGCCGAAAUAAACCUGGUGUAAGGCUGUCUGAGGUUCAAGAUCCUCCCAAGGAUUAUGUCAGGCCAAAGGGAUUUCAUCUCAUACCAGGAAUUGUCAGCAAAGGAAACAACCAGCGUCCAGAUGCUAAACAAGCAAUGCCUAAUGAGACAAGUUCAUAUUAUGAAGCACUUCAAGAAGAAAUGAGCAGUCCUUCUCCAGAGUUUGGAGAUGAUGAGGCAACCUGGGACCUUCCCAUUAUUGAAGUGGAGAACAAAUUACGCCCAAUAAGGCAUCGAAUGGAAACACUGGACAUGGACCAACAGCGUAAAGAGCUGAUUGCGUCCCGUGGUCAAGAAAAUGUAUUUCCGGAGCGUCAUGUAGUAGGGGCAUGGCAUGCAGCCAUGCAAGGUCAGAACAAGUUUCCAGAUGUGAAAAAUAACCAUAGAAACAACAACAAUAAUAAUAAUGAUAACAUGAAGAUAAGGAACGGUGAUCACCGACCUGACAAACGCGUUCAUGGAUUACAGAAUGGUUCUACAGCAAACGAAAAUCGCAGUGGCGCUUGGGUCAGCAGACCUAGUUACAUAAACAACAACAUGAAAAACAACAACUACACACCUGGAAACCCAUUUAAACAAUCGGAUGUUCAUCAUCUUUUGCGACAGACAUCUCAAUCUCCAGAAUCUCCUACUGGAGUCUCAUUAACCGAUCCAUGUGAUAAUGAAAUAAAUGGCCCAUAUAACUUCAGACAGCUGCUUCGACCAACUGAACAUGCUCCAACAGAGUCACUGAGGAAGAGAAAAGGUGUUCUCGGAAAUGAGGUGAUGAAAGACAAUAUUAUAAACCCUAGAGUUUCCAAUCAUUUGCAAGACAGCCCCACAAAACGCAGAGCAAAACCAGUGCCUAAAAAGUUGUGAAGCAAGGUAAUGACCAAAGGUGUGAGAUAUGGAUACAGAGUUUAAGUUAAAGCCAACGUAGUGUUGCUUGCAUUAUAUUUACCUGUGAUAAUUGACAAAAAAUAAACUGUGUUUCCUUCACACAUACUUAUAGUAAUUAUUUGUCAAUAGAGUGAGUUACUUUGGAGGAAAAUUUCUCAGUUAAGAAAACUCGGCAGGUUUUCUAUCCUUCAUUAAUGUCCUUUGAGAAUAUGAUAGAAAGCAAUAUAGAAAAAAGCAACUAAUUUCCAGACAUUUUACAUAGUGCCAUUUGAAGUAUAUUCCAGAGUGGCUUUCCACUGCAGAAAUAAGAAUACUGAGCAAGAAACAUCAUAUUCUGGAAAUCAUUUGGAAAUUUAAUAGCCAGGUUUUCUGUGCCACUGUUCAUCACCACAAAAGUGUUAAAGCCUCAUGGAAGCUCAAUCGUAAAGCUGUUGAUUUAUUUAAUAAAUACAAAAAUGAAGAAAAAAACUUUAACUGAUCUGAAAUAGAUACCUCUGUCUUAUAUUGUGGUAGCUACCUAGUUCUUUAAAGGUCUGAAAAAUGCGCUCUGGGUAUAUUUUUGCCUUGUUAUUUAGUAUUUUAUUGUUACCAAAUAUUUUUACAGAAAGUUGUAGACAGAUUUAUUUGAGUAUUUUCAGCCAUUAUGCGAAGAGCUAUAGUUUUGUUGUGCCUUUGUUGAUAUCCCUGUGCCAUGAACUUAAGCACUGUGUCAAAGAAGGGAAGAAGCGGCAAGAGGGGAUUGCUUACUACAUUCACAACUUUAGAGCAAUGAUUUUGUAGGUUGCCGAGUGACACCAUUUUUAGAUGAGAUAGUGUACCUGAUUGAUGGCUAUUUUGUUGACAAUUACUCUAGAGUACAACAGUUACAUACACUUCUAUAAUUUCAGAUACCCACUGGUUAUGAUCUCAUUUCAUUGUUCUUUCUAUAUCAUUUCCAUUAUAGAUAUUUUUCUAUUUAUAAUUUUUUAUUUGUUUCAUCUCUACAAUGUUAACAGUUUUUUAAGCAACAAAUAUAAACAGGAGAGAGAUAUUGUAUGGAAGGACUUUUUAAUGGCGUAGUACUAGACAUCCAGUAUUAAAAUUUAGUUCCUACAUAUUCCCGUAGAAUUAUAAAAUGUCAUGUUGUAAAAAAAUUGUAAAGGAAACAAAAGCAUUUUAUGUAUAUAUGGUAUGUACAAAUGUUUUGUUGUCUAUAGACUGAGAAAAAUAUUUUGUGUGCUCAUAAAAUAUAUCUAAAUUUAUAAAAUCCA